UUGUUGAGUGAGAUAUGAAGAACGAAGGAACUUGGAGAUGAUGCCACGUAAACCUACAACACAAAUCUUGCCCCACAUCUCGCAACAUUCAUUCCAUUCAGCUUCUUCCACCCCACACACUCACAUUCACACCCCCCCAAAACUCAACCUUUUCCUUUCUCCCUUCUUCUUCUUAACCCUCAAACUCAAACAACAACAUUCUCAGUAGAAAAAAAAAAAAAAAAAAAAAUCCUAACAAACUAUAUCCCUCCUACCUUAUCUGAUCCCCCUAAAUCUCCCUCUUCUGUUACCAUUUUAAAAUUUCCACUUAAUCAUACUAUCCGUUACACACUAAAAUCGUUACUUUCAAUUCAUAUUUUUCUCAUUCUGUUACACAUAACCUUAUCAAUUAUCAUCUAUAUAAACAACAGCCACUUCAUUUUAACCAAAUACUGAAAAUACCAUAGAGAAUAAACUUUCCAUGGAUUCCAACUGCAAAAUCUCAAUUGGGUCACUUCAAAGACGUGUGUUUUUCCGAAUACUACUUGUUCUCUCUGCUAUUUCUAUACUUUCACUACUUCACUCAUUACCCACCAUGGAUUUAGGUUCCUUAACUCCCAAAACCUACGAAUACCAUGAUUGUGUCGAUGAAGCUUUAUCACAUAACAACGUUACUUUAACACCAGCUUCUUUUUUAUUCCAGAGUCGAAUCUUAAACAAUUUUUGGGGUUCCUUUGACUCAAUGAAUUGCAAAAAAGAAGUUAACUUGGUAUCAACUGUUGUGGAAGAGUUAAUGGGUCAUCAACGAUUUUUGCAUUAUGAUGCAGAAACUCUCUGUAUUGGUGAAGGUUCAGAAAUAGCUCUUACAACAAUGGAGAAACUUGGAUUCACCAAUGUUGUAAAUCAUCGUUUUUACAACUUCAACAAGAAGAAAAUCGUUUAUUCUCUUGAUAAGUUCCGUGAUUUUUCCUUUGAUUUUGUUUUUACUAGGGAUUUUAACAAGGUUUCUGUUCCUGCAUUGCUUGUUCUUGAAGUCGAAAGGAUUCUUAAACCUGGUGGAAUCGCUGCUUUUGUUUUGGUUUCUGAUAGUGAUGAUAUUUAUAGUAUUUCUUCCAUUAACAAGAACAAUGGUUUGAUAAGAUCAGCUUCACCAAUUUCAUCAUUGUUGAGAUUUUCAACUAUUGUUCAUGUUGGUUAUGUUAAUAAUAAUAAUGGCCUUGUUGUUUUCAAGAAAAACUCAGAAUCUGAAAGUGAAAGUGAAAACACAACAAGCUCCUUAUUUUAUCAUGAGGGUCUUUCGGAAGAUUGUGCAAGUGUUAAUUUCACUAAGCCUUUUAUGAAUUUGAUUGAGCCUCUUGUUGAGGAAACAUCAAAUUUUGAGAAUGAGAAAAAAAUCUCUUAUUUGCCAAAGUUUGUUGAUGUUACUAGUAAGAAGAAUUUGGUUUAUGUUAAUAUUGGUGAAGUGAAAAAUACAUGGUUUCCACCAUCUUAUCCAAUUGAUCAGAAACAUUUCAAUGUUUAUUUUGUUCAUUAUGACACUUCAAUUAUGUUGUCACAUGUGAAAGGGCCACGUGUCACAUUUGUUUAUCAUCCAGAAUUGGCUGAAGAUUUUAAGCAUGAAGAUAUUGAACAUUAUAUGGGAGAGGAAGAUUUUGAUUUGGUUGCUUGGUUUAAAGAAACUGUUGAGAAUGCUGAUUUUGUUGUGCUUAAGAUGAAUAUUGCAGGGAAAGUUGAAAUGAAGUUUCUUAGGGAUAUAUAUGAAAGUGGUGUUAUAUGUUUUAUCGAUGAGUUGUUUCUUGGUUGUUCAGAGAGUGGAGGUGCUGAAAGUGAAAGGGGGAGGUGUAUGGAUAUUUAUAAGGGUCUUAGAAGCAAUGGUGUCUUUGUUCAUCAAUGGUGGAAUAUUGAUCAAGGGUCUCAUUGAUUGUGUUUGAAACAUUGGUUACAACAUAACAAAAUUACAAAUAUCUAGUAGAGGUAGAGUUCUUGUCUUUUGCUGUCAGUUUAGGAUGAAGGUUGAUUCUAAUGCUAAUGCUAAUGUUAAUGCUAUGAAUCAUGAAUAUUCUUAUGCUUUGUAUUUGUUUGAGUGAGUAAUUGUAAAUAGGCCACCAUUUUUAUUCUCUUAUGCAAAUGAAAUCAUUGUUUCAUGUUUGA